AUGCAAGGGAUAUUAGAAAAAAUGAGAAGACUGGUCAAAGUUCAUAUUAUCGUUUCAGGACCGUCAAAUCGGCUUACACGACAUUUACUAAAACAGCACGAGAAAUGCGCUCCUCCAGAUGGUGUCGUAGUGAUUACUCACGAAAUGGAGCUCGUUCAUAUCCAUACUGUCGAUGAACUGAAACAAACAAUGAUUGCACUUGUUUACGUUGUUGAGGAAUGGGAUGAUCCAACUCUGAGUUGGGAUCCAACAAAUUUUUCUGGCCUUCGCGUCACAUGGCUUCCAGAAGAGGCCAUCUGGGUACCAGACAUCAUCGUCUUCAACAUGUUGGAAUUAUUGCACUCAGUGAGAUCUCCGGUACGAGUACAGUACACUGGACGAGUAACAUUCUCAUAUCCAGCUAUAUAUUCCGUCAUGUGUCGGAUAGGGAUCGCACAAUUUCCAUUUGACAGCCAGACAUGUGAACUACGGAUCGCUUCGUGGGGUUACGGAGAAGAAAAACUGAGACUGAACGCCACCAGAAAGCCCUAUCUCCAGCACUACUCGCCAAAUGAAGAAUGGGCCUUACAUAACGUCAGCAUCAGACAAGAUCAUUACGAUCAUGAAGGAGUGGUUGUCAGUGAGGCACGCUAUGUUGUCGUUAUAGCCCGGAAACCUUUUUACUACCUUAUAAGCCUUGUACUACCAAGUUAUAUCAUAUGCAUGCUGUCAAUAGCUGGCUUAUUCGCAAGAUUUUCUACAAAACACGAACGACAGGAGCGAUUCACUCUCGGGGUAACGGCUAUACUUAGUAUGGCAGUAUUGUCACUUGUCGUUACGGAAAAGGUACCACAUAGUUCGGAAGGAGUUCCAUUGUUAGUUGUUUAUUUCCAUUACAAUAUUAUUAUGGUAACUCUGGCCACUAUUCUUACAUCGAUUGUGAUGCGAGUUCAUUCCAGGGUAUGUGGUUCCACUUACUUUGAAACUUGUUUUAAACCUAUUUGCCUACUCUAUAAGCCUGACUUUUCUGACAACUUUCAGGGAACUAUAUCCCGUCGAAUGGACUACAUCAUGGCUCUCGUAUUUCUCAUCAUAGUUACUUCACCGACUGUGUAUCUAUUUGUCAUUUGUUUUUUGUCAGAGGACGUGGCCCAGGAGAGGGCACUACUGGCAGGAUCUCGAGAANAAAACGAUUCAAUUGCCUAUCUCCCAUUUUAG